UGGUAUUUCGGAGAAGUAGCCGUUGCCCGUUGGUGCUUUGAUUACAAAAUCAGGACCUAAUCAUCACGAGUAUAAAACCCUCGAUUUCCAGUGACUCUAUCAAAUCAUCUCUCGUUUCUCUGUUCUCUGCCCUAGCUUGCUCCGUUGCUUAUCUGAUCAAGUCAAUCCACCCCUGGCGGCUCUCGAUCUCCAACACUUUCAAUCUCGAUUUCUUGUUUAAUAUACUUCUUUUUCAAUUUAAUUGUGUUUUUUUCUCUUAAUGCUCUAAUCUGUUCUAUUGCAGGCCCCUUGCUAGUUUAAUUCUUGAGCGAUUCUUUCUCCCAAUUCUAUAUUCUCUCGCUAUAAUCCAUAAUUGAAAUUGUAGUAGUAUUAGUAGUGUUUUUUUUUGGUGUUAUUAACGUGAUGGAUGCAGGAUUAAGGAACUCUGCUUCUUCAAACAAGACUCAAUCCCGUUUUCCUCUUCAGGAGGAGUAUCUUCAGAGAAAAACUUCCCGCGAAAAUUUGGAUAGGUUUAUUCCAAAUAGAUCAGCAAUGGAUUUCGACUAUGCACAUUAUAUGGUGACGAAAGGUAAGGAAAAUCCAGACACCCUCUCACCAUCCAGAGAGGCAUAUAGAAAGCAGCUCGCGGAGGCCUUGAACAUGAACAGGACACGGAUCCUUGCAUUUAAGAACAAACCACCCACCCCUGUGGAGGGCAUCACAAAUGAGUUUUCUUCUGCUGCUUACCAGGCCAAACCAAUGAAACCCAAGCGCCACAUUCCUCAGACCUCUGAGAGGACUUUGGAUGCUCCAGAUAUUGUGGAUGAUUAUUACUUGAAUCUAUUAGAUUGGGGCAGCAGCAAUGUUCUUUCUAUAGCUUUGGGUAGUACUGUUUACCUGUGGGAUGCAUCUGAUGGCAUCACUUCCGAACUGGUCACAAUUGAUGAUGAAAAUGGUCCUGUUACAAGUGUUAAAUGGGCUCCAGAUGGGAAGCAUAUUGCUAUUGGCUUGAACAACUCUGACGUGCAGCUUUGGGAUACCACAGCUAACCGAUUGUUGAGAACUUUGAGAGGCGGCCACCAAUCACGAGUAGGUGCCCUUGACUGGAACAACCAUAUACUGACCACAGGCGGAAUGGAUGGUCUUAUUAAUAACAAUGAUGUCCGAGUGAGAGCACCUAUCGUAGAAACAUAUAGAGGGCAUCAUCAAGAAGUCUGUGGCCUGAAAUGGUCUGCCUCAGGCCAGCAGUUGGCUAGUGGAGGAAAUGAUAAUCUCCUCCACAUAUGGGACAGAUCAACUGCUUCUUCCAACUCCUCGACGCAGUGGCUUCACAGGCUUGAGGAUCACACAGCUGCUGUUAAGGCCCUUGCUUGGUGUCCAUUUCAGGGUAACUUGCUGGCCUCUGGUGGAGGUGGAGGCGAUAGGUGCAUAAAGUUCUGGAAUACCCAUACUGGUGCUUGCGUGAACUCAGUUGAUACAGGGUCACAGGUCUGUGCACUGCUUUGGAGCAAGAAUGAGCGUGAAUUGCUAAGCUCUCAUGGGUUUACUCAGAAUCAGCUUACUCUCUGGAAAUACCCAUCAAUGGUUAAGAUGGCAGAGCUUACUGGACAUACAUCCCGAGUUCUUUUCAUGGCUCAGAGUCCGGAUGGUUGCACAGUGGCUUCUGCAGCAGGAGAUGAAACACUGAGAUUCUGGAAUGUUUUCGGAACCCCGGAAGUGGCAAAACAGGCUCCAAAGUCAAAUCCUGAGCCAUUCGCUCACAUCAACCGAAUUCGCUGAAUAUUAUAACCAUCUGCCUGGUUUGGCAUUUGAUAUCUUCUCAAGAACCAGAUACAGAUGAUGAUAUGGCUUUACAGCCAGCAGUAGGACAUAUUGCUAUGGUGUAUAUGCUAGCAUGCUUAUUUUUCCUUUUCUUGUCAAUACUGAAAAGAAGCAUCUAUUGAAUUUACAACCUUAAUCACCAGCUUGGAGAUGGAAGAAACACAACUGAAAAUGUAAAAGUACUAUUUGGAAUCUUGUUGAGAGGUCUUCGAAUGCAUUUUUGAGGCGAAUCAUUUCAGAUCAAGGCAGUUGUGGUGUGGUGGCCAAGCUACUUCAUUUAUGAAAUCAGGGUACCAAUGGCUGAAAGUUCCAAGCAAUAUAUACCCUAGCUUCAGACAGUGCAGAGUGAGCGAGAUGGGAACGUUUGCAGAUAGGUGUGACGAGGAAGAACCAUAUCCUGCCGGCUCCUCCAAUACAUUUCCUCACAAUAGAAACUGAAGUGUAGCUCCAAUCUUGUUUCUGUGCAUAUUAAUUGUGAACAAUAUCUCAUUUGUUUGUACAUGACUUGUUGUUUUUAUGCCUAAUUAGCUCAAAAACAUCCUGCCCCAAUGUUUAAGAUUGGUAUGUAAAUUCUAUUUCAGAUAAAUCCAUUUUGCAAAUCCCAUUUCAGAUAAA